CAAUGUCCUGUGACCUCAGUAACUAACACAUCGUGGGUGUCUGCUUGUCACCCAGGGGCCCUGUGACAAAAGCAGAGGGAAGAAGACGAGACGUAGAGGAGGAAACCAGAUAGUAGCUCUGUUGCAGAAAUGGACCAGCGGUCUGAGCUGCUCAAAUCUAUCUGGUAUGGUUUCACUGCUCUGGACCUGGAAAAGAGUGGUAAGGUGUCCAAGUCUCAAUUAAAGGUAAGUGAAAUCUCCUCUACCUGGGUUUUUGAGUGACUUUUUGUCGUCUGAAUUCACUCACUUCUUCAAUCUGCUGCCUCAUUUCCUACCUCAAUUCAUAAUCUGUCACGUGGGCUCACUCUGAGGAAGAUGAGGUGGAAAAAUUUGAAGUGCUCAGCAAACUAAAUGUCAUCAACUCAAAUGCUGUUUGGCCUUGUGUGUGUUUCAGUCUGUGCUUUUGUAGGAAUGUAUACAAUGUGAGAUUAAAAAAGAAAAAAAGAUCAUUUUCUGUGUUUCCUGUUUGAAACUCUGUUUAUAAACUACAUGCUGCUCAACAAGGAACACAUUUGUUCCUAUAUUUCUCGUAGAAUGCUUUCACUGCUGGUAGAGGGCACAAUAUGUACCUCUGUCUGCAAGAGCACGAGAGUAACAGUUUGCUCUCAGUCUGUAAAUGAAUGGGCGCCCUCAUCUCCAAGCUGUGCUUGCCUUGGGUCUCCAUGUACCAGCUUGUAGUGCAAAGGGUUCUCUGACACUGGACCUGAGCAGAGAACAGCCUGCUGAAUUGAGUAUCUUCUCACCAUGAGCCUGUGUGCAUCUAAAGGACAUUGUUACAGUUAGUGAAGGACAAAGUGAAAACAUGUUGGUGAUUGUUGUCUCUGGCACAGGGCUUCAAUGAAGCCACUGUAUUUUUGUUGAUCUCAUCAUUAUGUCACUUGGUCGCAGUGUGGAUCAGACUCCUUUUCCAACCGCCUCCACCUUCUUGAGAGUGAUGCCUGCCCCUCUUAGCUUACAGUGAGCUGCCCAGCCUCAUGACUGGGCUUAUCCCCAUCAUGCAUGCAGCCUGUGUACAAGCACCCAGUUCUUAAGACGCACACAGAGGCAAACCGUUUGCCUGCAGUGGCCUCAAAAGCAGCAGAUGUUCUAGAGCAGUAGAGACUAGAGACAGGAUGUGGUUAUGGCUCAACACACGAAGACUGGUUGUCUGAUAACAUGCAUCAGAUAUCUUAAGAAGUUACACAGCUUCAUUUAGGAUUGCAAGCAAAAGAAGGCCUUCAUUAAGUAUAACCCUUUAAAACUUUUCAUACAAGUUGUCCAAUAGUAAUAAUGAUACUUACAAUUUAAUCUUAUCUAUUGCAUUUUAUUGUAUUAAAAUAAAAAAAUAAAAAAAUUUCACUCAUUUUUAUCUCCCGAUUUUUAAUUCUUUUUUAAUCUUUCAUGCUGUUUUUGUAGGUAAACACACUCAGUUUGAGCACUUAAGGUUGUCAUGGUGAAUUUUCUUGGAAAUCCACUCACCCUUUUACAGAACUUUGACAGUCCUCAUUUUUGUGUUUGUUUCACUCUUAUGUAUGUGAAAGCUAAACUAUUUUUAGAAAUGAAUGCUGCAGCAUUUAAAACUUGAGUUCCUUAAAACAAAGACUGAUGGAGUCCUGUUUGCUAUCUCUUUAUAAAUGAAUUAAUAACACACUCUAGCUUGAAACCUGCGAGCUAAAUACACACAGUCACACAGAUGCACAUUUGUAUUAAGGUUUGCCAGCAAGUUUAGUUAUAAGAUUUGCUCUGCGUCUUUUUGCUCAUGUAAACUGCCCUUUGUAAACUACAUCUCUUCUAUGUUGUGGCUUCAUUUGGCAUCAGGUGCUGUCCCACAAUCUAUGCACAGUCCUGUGUAUCCCGCAUGACCCUGUUGCUCUGGAGGAGCACUUCAGGGAUGAUGAUGAUGGUCCAGUUUCCAGUCAGGGUUAUAUGCCUUACCUCAACAAGUACAUCCUUGAUAAGGUGAUAAAAACACAGCUUCACUCUGUGCUUUUUGUUUUGUCAGUUUAAAAUGUCAUACAAUUUGUUUUUGUUUUUUUAAUCUCUGUAUUUUGUCCUUGUAGGUUGUUGAUGGCUCUUUUAUUAAAGAACACGUGGACGAGCUCUGUUGGACUCUCACAGCAAAGAAAAACUACCAGACAGACAAAACCAGCAGCACUGUUCUGCCAGAGAAAGAUGCUUUUCGGCUUUGGUGUCUUUUUAACUUCCUCUCUGAAGACAAAUACCCGUUGGUUAUGGUCCCCGAUGAGGUGUGUGCAACUAAAAAACCUUUGAGGACAUUCUAAUGUCGGCUGAUGUUUGACACAUACAGGAAAAACCCUGGAAAUAUGAUUUUAUAUUCACAGUACAACAUUUCUUGGUUUUGAAAGCCUGUUCAAAAUGAAUGUUUAAUCCCAAUUUUAAAAAAAUGUAUUUGUGCUAAAGUCAGAGCAGCUGUUUAUGAUGAUAGUGACGUGUUUCUAAAUUUAAAAGUAUGAAUUUUUAUAGUUCGUGUGCUCUAUUUAUAAUUCAACUUUUGGACCAUUGUAAGUAAUCUGUGACCUCAAAACUGAAUCUUUUACAACCACUAAACACACCCUGGCUGAAACCUCAUUUCUUGCCAUCAUGGAACAUGGUGCUCUUUUCGUGCAGCGGUGUAGGCUUGUUUCUCACUUGCAAAGCCUCGUUUUGGUUUCCUGUUGUGUGUUUUUCAUUGCUGCUGCCAAGAGAAAGGCCCUAACUUUGAGGCAGAGUCAUUUUUUUACAUUGUGUUCUUGAAAAUAUUCUUCUCUUUUAUUUUGGUUAACAGUUAACUAACCACUUUAAAAAAAACCUGCUGUGUAAUGCGUGUUACAGUGUGAAAAAAGCUGUUAAACACACUCAUAUACGAAAUCACCACUAUUUAUAUGACCAGGAUGAUCUGCUCUUAUCUGCCAACUGACAGCUUAGUGUGAAUAACUCCGUAAAUGAACUUCAAGGAAAGCUGCUUCAGCCAGUUAUUCUAAAACAUGGUCUCCAAAAAGUGACAUGUUAGUGAAAAAAACUGGACCAUUACAAAAUAAAGAUAUUCAAGAUAAGUUACAGCACACGGAUCUCUCAUAUAUUUGUUUCUCUCUCCUCUUCAGGUGGAGUAUCUCAUCAAGAAGAUGUGCAUGGCUAUGAGCAUUGAGUUCAACUGUGUGGAAUUAGAGGACUUCUUCUCCCAAGAUUCAGUGCAGCAGGGCGGCCUCACUGUUUGGGUUUUCCUGGAGAUGAUGAACUCAGGAAAGAUAACCAGAGGGAUUGAUAAAGCCAUAAUCAGCAUGGCCAUAGAGGAGGUUUACAGAGAGAUAGUUGGUGAUGUCCUCAAAGAGGUGAGACAUGUCGGGCAGCAGAUGUAUGUGCUUUGGUUCCUGACAUGCCUUCCAUUGUGUUGGUUACAUCAGACUGAGUGUGUGUGGGGUGUGUGCAUAUGUGCCUGUGUGUGUGUUUGUGUUGGGGUUCAUGCAGGGUUAUCUGUGGAAGAAAGGUCAGCUGAGGAGAAACUGGAAGGAACGCUGGUUCACCUUAAGGCCGAGCAACUUGUCCUACUACAGCGGGGAAGACCGUAAGGAAUGCCAGGGCAAUAUAGCUCUGGACGGAAACUGUUUUGUGGAGGUAAGCAACAGCAGAUGAUCAUCUUUCAAAACAAAGUAAUAUUAAAACUGGAGCAGGGUUAGCUUUAAUAACAGGGUAUUCUCAGUAAGUCUCUGCAGAAAUCACACUGCUCUUUUGCUUUCUUUUGUACAUUUGACUCAUAUUCAUCCUCCAUGCCAGCAGUUCACAACCUGGGGGUGGGGACUCCCCUAAGGAGUUGCAAAAUGUAGCUGAGAGGGUUUCAUGUUGGUUAAGAGAUAUCUGAUUUUUACCUCUUCCCAGGGGUUUUUGUUUUUUUUACUAGAGCUCUCACCAGGACUAAAAAAGAAAAUACAAGAGAAAAAACUAGACUGAUGAAAUGCUCCACACCUGUGGGUAGUUGUGACAAAAGGGUCUGCACCAAAAUUAUAUGGGAGAGGAAAACAGCUGGUUAUUAUAAUUCCAUCCUAAAACUUAAAAUGUGUAUAUUCUGGCAUUAGUAAGGAAAAGAGAAUGAAUAAUCGGAGAUGCCACACCUCAUUGUGAACCUUGAGAGAGUGCUCUUUAUGACUGUUUUUUAUUUUUUAUUGUUUCAUUUCUCUGCCACUCGGCUGUUCUGGCCUUCAUACUAACAUACUAACUACAGGGGUGGUAUGCUGUAUAACAAGCACACACACAAUCCCUUGAUCAAACGCAUGCAAAUGAAUACCUUUUUUCCCCCUUAAGGGAUCAUACAGAGGUUAUAAUUGAGUGUAUCAUUUUAAUAACUCAAAGAAUAACACAGUACAAUGGCAGUAUUUUUUAAAAUCUCUUUUAUGCUUAUAUCUCAAUGAGAUAUUUGUCCAAUCAAACAAACAAACAAUCUGAAGCACCCAAAAACCUAAAAUCAAACCAAAUCAGUGCUGAUAAAUGUAUAUUUAUAUAUCUUUUUAUUGAUUGUUAUUGAUGGUAUUAUUGAUGGUCUGCAUUAAUUGCCAAUCAUACUCUGAAUUUUUGAAAAGCCACCUGAUAUAGCCAAUCAGAUUUUAAGGCAGGCCAUGCCACCCCUGGCCACCCUUCUAGCACCACCUGUGUGGGCAAUAUAGCCUCUGAAUUGAGCAAAUGAAACACUUCAUAAGUAAUUUCUUCUUUAUCUUCUUCCUCUUCAAGCUAAAGGUUUAUUUUCUAUUUUUUUCAGAUCAAACAAAUUGUUCACUAGAUUAAAAGUAGUCGCCCCAAAAGGCAUGAUGAGAGUUUCAUUUCUGCAUGUUCAGUUGCACACAUAAUUUGUUAACAAACUACGUGUUUUAAUUCAAUUUCCCUGAUGUAAGGUCAUGGCCCCCAAACUGCUCUUUGAAAUUAAAGUAAUUGAAAAAGAUCAAAUUACAUCAUUUCAGAAAGUGAUUUGUCCUGUUUAAAGGCUACCAUGACUUUCAGCUGCUGCUUUUCUUCAUACCAAAUCCAGUGCCCCCCAUGAUUGUUCUGCCUUCUGUUUGGAUGAAGAUUAAAGUAAAGCUGCUGUAAAAUAGUAACAAAUGACGUGGCUGUAAUCUUUCAAGUCCCUCCCCUUUCCAGAGAAUUUGGACUGCUCUCCCUUACUUACACAGAAAGAUAUUUAUAAAAAAAACUCUCAUUUCAGAAACUUUCUGCUUUCAAUAACUCAGUGCAUGUGCUGAGUAGCCUCAUAUUUAUGCAUCAUAAUCCAAAAAUGUUAAGAGCCAGAAUGUUUAUUAAAGUUGAAUAUUUUGUUGUUUCCCAAUCAGAUUUCCUCAUAAAUCUCACAGAGCUUAACUGAGCUGAACUCAAGAUUAGUCUGCCAGCGUUACACUCAUGAAUGAACCUUUCUGAUAUGAAGCCUGCAGCUGUUGAAACAGAGUCGACUGAUCUUACCUGGUUUGUUCUGGCGGCUUUUGAUAGAGACACAAAAGUCAAUUAUUAGCUUAUCAAUGCCACACUGUGUAAUGACAAACAAACAGUUAACUCUCAAAUAGUUCAGUUAUUUUUCAUCAAGGGCACUUUUAAACCACACUUUGUCUCAUAUUACAAGAAAAAAAUCCAUCAUUCUAAAAUCAUGCUUCAUUAUAGGAAAUAGGGGAUGAGCAUAUAUUGUUUGGUCUUUCAAAAUGGAUCAUAAACGCCUUUUACCCAGUGAGUUCUCUUUUUUUUCCUUAACACUCUAUAUUCAUGAAAUGGUUUCAAUGAAAAAUUUGCAAAAACAAUGUAUGAAGAAGGGACAUUUGUUGAUAAAAUAGGUAUUUGCUUGUUUGAACAGGUGCUGCCAGACCGGGAUGGAAAGAGAUGCAUGUUUUGCCUCAAAACUCUCUCAAAGACCUAUGAAAUGAGCGCUUCUGAUACCAAACAGAGACAGGAGUGGACUGCAGGUCAGAUGCGACUAAUAUCCACUCGUAUCAAUCUCUUGUUUUAGUUAUCUUCAUAUCAUUGCACCAUUUUCUUUACAGCAAUUCAGACCGCAAUAAGGCUACACGUGGAAGGCAAAACAUCCCUCCACAAAGAUCUGAAGCUGAAGCGUCGUGAACAGCGUGAACAGAGAGAGAAGAGACGACAGGCCAAAGAGGAGGAGCUGCAAAGGCUGAGGGCUCUGCAGGAGGAACGGGAGCGUAAGUUAGCGGAGCUGGACCUCCUGAAAGAGGCCCAAAAGCAGGCUCAGGCCCUGCUGGAGCAGGAUGAGCAGAGGAGGCGGCAGCAGCAUGAACAGCUGCAGCAGGCCUUGGAGAUCCAGUUGCGAGAGGCUGAGGAGGUACGUGUGGAGCCAGAGAAGGUGAGAGGAACAGCUUGGAUUUAGAAGCAAGAAUAAUAAAGUGUUUGUUCUCUUUGUCUCGAGGCGAGAGUCAGCAUGCAGGCAGAGAUGGCUCUGAAAGAAGAGGAGGCAGAGAAACAGAGGAAGAGGAUCCAGGAGCUGGAAGAGAUGCAGAAGCGUUUGGAGGAGGCAUUGCAGCAGGAGAUCAAGGCCAGGCUGGAUGAGGAGGAGUUCCGCUAUGCUCAAGCAGGGUAGAGUGUUAAUAUGACAUCAAAUCUCCCCUAUAAACUCUCACCUAUACACUCUGAGGAGACUGUCCUAUGACAAGAAGUCAUUUGUUUCAGAGCCUGAAAACAAUCCUCUGUUAGCCGUGAGAGGAGAUAAGUCUUUGUGUGCAGACAGUCGAGUGGCAGAAAUGUGUCGAUGUUGCGUUAUGUUCCUGAGGAAGUUGAAAACAGAGGAAGUUGUUAAAAGCUGCCAUCAGUCACUCUCUGUUUCUGGUCUUAGGCCAAUGUUCAUCGUUUCAUGUUUAAAUUUCUAAUGACUGUAUCAUGAACAAAUCGGCAAACAAAUGCAUUAGCAUUUUAUGAUGCUUAGAUACUUAUACAGACCUCUCAGUCAGUCUUUUUCAUGGAUUGUUUAUUUUUGUGUGUACUUCUCUUGUGUCCAGGUUACUGGCUGAGGAGGAGGAGAAAAUGAAGGCCCUGAUGUCCUUACAGGAGGAACAGGAGGAGUACAUCCUGAAGACAAAGAGGGAGAAGCAGGAGCUCAAACAGGAAAUGGAGGCCAAGUCCCGAGCCCUGGACGAGGCACAGAGGCAGCUGGAGGAGGUCCGAGCAAAUCGACACAGGGUUGACCAGGAUGUGGUGGUAAGAAGAAAAAUAACAACUCUGAUUUCAAAUUUAGAAGAUAAGAAAGUAUAUAUAUUCAAAACUAACUGAGAUCAAAGUUUUCAUUAUUAUGAACAGACGGACAACACAUUAAAUUAUACGGGAAAAAAGAGUCAACAGACAGCUGUUAUGGUGUGUCCUUCACAACAGUUCAGGGGUUUCAAAGUCCAGACAGAUGUUUUAGUCAAUAGAGUUCAACUGAUUGUGCUUUGCCUUUGAUCCAGUUUCAGUUUACCCAGACCUUAAAUGACUUUUGGUUGCUUGUUUUGUGAGUCUUGUAGUGGAUGUUGGUGUCACUGUGCCAAAAUGCUGUUUUACAUCUCUUUUGCUCGUUCCAGUUUGUGCUGUACAUUCUUUCUUGAAAGAACUUUAUGACAAAGUUUUAAGACUUCUAAUAUUUAAAGUGUACUAGUUUCAGUUUGUGGUCGUGAUGUUCGUUUUUGUAUCAUAGGUGAGCAAAGAGGUGUUUCAGUAAGUCAAUAUUUUUCUCUCACAGGCUGCACAGAGGAAACUCCGCCAGGCGAGCACCAAUGUCAAACACUGGAACGUUCAGAUGAACAGACUGAUGCGUCCAAUUGGACCAGGCGGUACGAGCCCCCUUUGCAUUGUUGUAAUAACAUCUGUGAAUUCAAAGGGCUUCGUUUUCAGCUUCAGGACCAGCAGAGGUUCUACAAAGUCUUUUUAACACAGACAGCUUUUGCUUUUGUUGGCUAGUACCUCUGUGGUGGCAAAAGAGUCAUUUUGCUUGUCAGCCUUGUAACCAUAGUGAGUCAAAGUAAUUGAUAUCAGACAGAAUAUGACCCCACAUUUCAGAAACCUUUGCCUUGGAAAAAAUAUUGUAUGGAGUACUUUGAAUUUUGAUCCUGUUCCUUUCAAUGGGGAGUUAGCCGUGCUUUACUGGCAUAGAUAUUGUGCUGCAGUGAAAUGAUGUAAUUUAGGAUCAUGAUCUCUGCAAUCUAUAACUUUCACAAGGUUAUGUAAAAUGAAAGACAGAUAAGAGGAAUGUACACAUUUCUUUAUUUACAUUACCGUGUAAUACUCGCAUUGUCAAUAAAGACUUAAAAUAUGUUAUGGUAUACUGGUGGCAUACCACUGACAGGACUGGCACAAGCUGCUGGCCUUCUUGACUGUGCUGCAUACUGCUUAGCUACUAAGAUUGAUGCUGAUCUACCAGCAUUUGGUGUAUCAUACCAUUGAAUCCUUUUGAUGCUAAUUAAUGUGUAGUUUUAGAAAACCACAGCAUCAAUGAUUUAUUCUUAAAAUUUUCCAGACACAUAGUCUUUGACAAUUCACAGAUUCAUAACGUUUUUCACCACAGCAUAAUUUGCAAACUUUCUUCAAGUGUUUAACAGUCUCUUAGUUUUUCCAUCCAGCAUUUGCAAACCAAAACUUUGCAUAAAAACAGAAGCAAACAAUUCUUCCGUGUGGUUAAACAAGUGUCUGGCUAGAAAACGUUUGACUCCCAGCUGAACAAACUGACAAUCACUGACAAAUAAUCAUUUAUUUUGCCUACAUUUUCUAAAGUACUAUGUGCUGGUUUUGCUUGUAGAAAAGAGACCAUCAUUGGGAAGCUCCUUCUCAACCAUCCAGAUCCCGACACAGAGGGAUCCUGGGCUGCGCCUCAGAAGAAAAUCAGGAUCAAGUGAUCAGGACGAGGAGAGCAAAGAAAAUGUUGACAACAGAGCUGGAUGUGAUUCAGAGAAACGCCACUCCCACGCCUCGAAUGGAGACAUGGACAUCCCUUAAAAACAAGAACCAGUGAGGCUGCAGGAGUGAAUCUGAGGGUUGGAUGAGAAAUGACUGUCUGGUGUCCUCACAGUAUAUUAAAUAGUGGGACUUUACACUUUAAACUGAACUUACAGUACUGCCAUUUCUAUUAAUGUUGACAUUACUGACCUCAUUUCACAUAGAGCAACAGUUUUAACUUUUUAAUGGAGAAUUACUUUGAAAGAAUCCACUUCUCAACAUAUCUUUCAAUGUGACCUGUGUGAGGUUUCAAGGCACAAAAAAAUACCUCACUGCAAAUAAAAAAAGGCUGUAAGCAAAAUCCUGAAAGUAAACUGGGAUGUUUAUGGCUAAAAUGUAUGUACAAAAUAAGGAAGCUGGUUUGUUUUACCCUGUAAUAUUGAAGCAUAACACAGUUUCAUUUUAUGAUGAUACUUUUUGAGUGUUUGGUGGUUGACUUAUGAUGUAAAAAGUGUGAUCAGUAUUACAAAUUACUGCAGUUUUAUAAUAAGAUUAUGACCCCUGAUAAACAGGAAAGAGAGAGAAGCUUCACACACUUCCUGUUUCUUCUGUCAGUUAACAUAUCUGUAAAUAAAACAGUGAACUGAAGCCAUGGUUUGGUUUCUGUCUGUAUUUGUACUAUGUGUAAUGAUGUACAGCAUCCAUUAAAAAAAACAACUUUAUUUUAAA